AUGGAUUCCCAGGGAGAUACAGCCCACGACGGCAGCAAGUAUACAUCCAAGUUCUUCCCCCCGAGCCCUGCUGUUCUUAACCUCGCCAACCACGCCAACCGAGAGCCUCUCAUGCAGUUGGUUCAGCAGACAAUCCUGUACCACGUGCGCAAUGGUAAUCCGCUGGUUCGGCUGUGGAAGGACGCUUAUGAUGCUGGAUAUAUCCAAGGCACGGCUGCUCCGUAUUCUCAGUACUUGUUAGCCGUGAGAAAGAUGACUGGCAGAAUGCUUAACAGCGAGUUCAACCAGGAAAAGACUAAGACUGCAGUGCAGGUUCAAUCUGAGAUUCUCAAGGCUCUUGCCAAAGAAAUCUCCUAUGCCGGCACCCAGACUGUAGCCAAAGUUAAGAUGGAGUCUCCGACCCCGGUCAAGCUCGUUCAAGCUAGAUUCAGCCCCCUUGCCCCUGAAUUUUCACCGGAGAAGUCUACCGCGAAGUCUACCUCAGAAGAGGAACAGCACCCUGCCGAAUAUAAGCCUAAUGACGCCCGACUUGCAAGCUUUGAAGAACGAUGCAAGAAACGUGGACUACGAAUCGCGUCGGCAAAGUAG